CGGUCCGUGUGGUCCUGCGUUCCUUUAAGUUAAAACUAUCCAUCUGUACCGUAACGUUCCGUGCCGUUCCAAGACCGAAAUGGGCGCUGCUUCAAACGCAACAUACUUAGGCCUAGAUCUCAGCACUCAGCAGUUAAAGGCUGUAGUGGUCGACGACGAACUCAAGGUUCUUCACGAAACCAGCGUGCAAUUUGAUAAUGAUCUACCAGAGUUCAGGACUUACGGGGGUGUCAUACAAAGGAAGGCAGAACCUCACGUAGCCGUGUCUCCGACCCUGAUGUGGGUCAAAGCCCUGGACAUGAUCCUUGAUAAAUUGCGGGUCUGUGGCGUGGAUUUCAGUAAAGUGGCUGCUAUUUCUGGCAGCGCUCAGCAACAUGGUACCGUCUAUUGGGGUAAGGGUAGCCGACAUCAACUGCAAAAUUUGGAUCCAAAUAAAUUUCUCCACGAACAACUGGCUAUGUCUUUCUCAGUAGCACAUUCGCCGGUAUGGAUGGAUUCCAGUACAAGUGAGCAAUGCAGACGCCUCGAAGAUGGCGUCGGUGGUCCUCUGAAAUUGGCCGAAAUAACAGGAUCUCGGGCCUACGAGAGAUUCUCAGGAGCACAGAUAGCAAAAAUAGCGCAGAAGAAGCCGGAAGCCUAUGCCAUCACCGAGAGAAUAUCUCUGAUCAGUAGCUUCGCAGCAUCCCUUUUCCUAGGUGACUUUGCACCUAUAGAUUGGUCCGAUGGAUCAGGAAUGAAUUUACUUAAUAUCAGAACAAAAGACUGGCAUCAAAAAGCAUUGGAGGCUUGCGCUCCAGAUCUCAGAGACAGACUUGGUACACCUACUUCCUCGUAUAGUAAUCUUGGUCCUCUUUCAUCCUAUUUCGUUGAAAGAUUUGGAUUUGAUGAAAAGUGUAGAGUAAUAGCAUUUACUGGAGAUAAUUCUGGCUCGUUGGUGGGUAUGAGAUUAAAGGAAGGUGACGUCGCCUGCAGUCUUGGCACUAGCGACACUCUGUUCCUUUGGCUUAACGAACCGAAAACUGUGGUGGAAGGUCACGUUCUGUGUAAUCCUAUAGACGAUGAGGCUUACAUGGGAUUACUCUGCUUCAAGAAUGGUUCCCUGACGAGGGAGAGAAUCAGAGACACAGCAGCACAGGGUUCUUGGCAAAUUUUUGAAGAAUUGCUCGACAGUACUCCUAGAGGAAAUUUUGGAAAUCUUGCACUUUAUUACGACGCUCAGGAAAUUAUUCCCUUCCUGAUUGGUGACCAUAGAUUUAAUAAAGCUAACGAUGAGAUCAGUCGGUACAGUUCAAAGGAAGUUGAAGUGCGUGCGCUUAUAGAAGGUCAGUUUAUAGCUAAAAGAGCUCAUGCUGAAGAUUUUGGAUUUAUCAUAGGACCUCAUACUCGCAUAUUUGCUACCGGUGGUGCAUCUACGAACAAAGCAAUUCUUCAGGUGCUCGCUGAUGUAUUCAAUUCUCCAGUUUAUGUCUCGGAAGUAGCGAACUCCGCAAUGAUGGGAGGAGCGUAUCAGGCGAAGCACGGUCUAUUACGCGAUAAAUAUAGUUUUGACGAAAUAACAAAGAGUCUGCCAGAGCCAACACUCGCGUGUCAACCAUACGAUGAUGCUGACUCCAUAUACAAGCCAAUGGUUUUACGAUACAGGAAGAUCGUCGAGGAACUCUUAGCUAAGUCAUAAGACGAUAAUUACUCAUAACUUGUGAUGAUGAAGACAACGAAACAUUCCAUUUUGGGCUAGUGAAUCGUUUACAUACGCCAUUUCUGUACGAUGAGAUUAUAGAAAGACGAAAGAGACAGAAAAAGUUUCUUUAUACUUAAUAUCGAGCUUCUUACAUUGAGCAGGGCCAAUGAAUAUAAAUACCAAAAAAAAACCUAAUGCUUUUAUGUACAACGUUGUAAAAAAUAAUUAGAUAUUAUACUAGAUUCUCUUUCACUCGUCCUAUCUUUGUAGAUAGAGGAUCACAGCAUUUUUCACCCGAAAUAUGUUUUAUGGUAUGUACAUCACAAACAUGUCAACAUUCAGAGCGAGUCCGUAUUAAUGAAUUUUUAUAAUAAUCUACUGAUAAGAGAUUUGUGCAAUUCGUAUUAUAUAUGACUUUUUAAACUUUUUGCUUUCUUACUGUUUUCUGAAAGAGUACGCUUUAGUAUUUUUUAUUUUUGUUUAGAGCUAUACAUGAAACCAUGUCAUAGCUUUAGAUGAGUGGCAACCAAACGAAUAAUUUAUAUCGCGAUAUCCUAUUGAUCAAUUUGCGCACAAAUAUUAUCAGGAUUCAAUAAAAAAAUAAUAGUACCUUGCUUUUACUAAACUUUAUUACAUAUUGUGUGUUUAUAGUUCACGCAGAACACCACUUAAGCGUUUUACGGAAGUACUGAUAAAAAUUAGUGCAAUGUUUUUUUUUCUACAAUUUACUAUUAUUUAAUUAGUUAAUAUUCAUUGGCAUAAUUAUGUAUAUGUCAAUCACAAAAGGCAGCUGGUACCAUAGAUCUAAGAGAUUUUAUAAAGAUCGUUAUGACUUAUUACAAAAUAAUAUAUAUUAAUUGAAAUAAAAAAAAACCAAGGGUCAUUUACACUGUUAA